ACGGCGGGGAGCGAGGGCUCCCCCGUGGAUGCCUUCUUCAUCACCGACGGGCGGUCGCGGCGCAAGGUGGUCAGCGGGGCGCGAAGCCUGCAGCGCCACACGUGCGGCGAGUGCGGCAAGACCUACGCCACCUCCUCCAACCUGAGCCGGCACAAGCAGACGCACCGCAGCCUGGACAGCAAGAUGGCCAAGAAAUGCCCGACGUGCGGCAAGGUCUACGUCUCCAUGCCCGCCAUGGCCAUGCACCUGCUCACCCACGACCUCAAGCACAAGUGCGACGUGUGCGGCAAGGCCUUCAGCCGGCCCUGGCUGCUGCAGGGCCACAUGCGCUCGCACACGGGCGAGAAGCCCUUCGGCUGCGCGCACUGCGGCAAGGCCUUCGCCGACCGCUCCAACCUGCGCGCCCACAUGCAGACCCACUCCGCC